GACAACUGUCGUAUCGCUACUGAAAAGAAACAAGCUUUCCUGUGGCGCAGCUGCAUCAACAAUUAUUUAAGGCGCUUGUCAUUGGUGACGUAACCUCAUUCAUAAGUUCUUAUAGUAAAUGACAAGUUGCAUUGCUGCCCGUAAUUGAAAAUGAAUCAUUAAUUUUGACGUUAAUUGAAUAAGAAGGCUUGAUGACUUCGGUUUACAUGUUUACAGAAGAAAUCGCGAAAGAGAGGUUGGACGCUGCUGAUGGAUCAGAUGCUCAACAUUCGAAUAGCGUAUGCAAAUCUUCCUCCAUUUGUUAUUGUCGAAAACGUACACGGGAACGAUGUCUUGGAUGGUUUCAUGCCGCAGAUUGUGAAAGCUGUUGCAAGAGAACUAAAGUGGAACGUAACAUAUAUUAAAGAACCAGAAGAUGUGUAUGGUAUUUGGGAAAACGGCACGUGGACAGGGAUGGUGGGAAUGCUUUACAGGAAUGAAGUGGAUCUCAUUUUGAAUCCUAUUCUGCCAAAAAAAGAAGUUUUAGAAUUCGCCCGUUUCACAAAUCCUAUCACCGUAGAGGCUUACACAUUUCUAUCCGGCAAGAAAACAGAAGAGCCAGGGUUUUUCCUUUAUUUCAGUGUUCUUCGUUAUACGGUUUGGAUCACGGUACUGAUGACCCUUGUCCUAAUAUCUUUGACAUCGGCGUUUCUGUACGGAAGGAUACGAAAAACAAGAGAUCUCCAGUGGAUUAGUUACAAGUAUUUUUGGAAGUAUCUUGCGGACAUGUUUAGACAAAAUCCAGCAGAAAAAUACCUUCUACGAGAAAGCGAUUCAAGUCUCUCAAUGAUGUUACCAAUAUUGGCUACUUUGUGGAUAAUCUGCAUCGGACUUGUGAUGAAUGCGUUCCAGAGCCUCUUGGUGUCGAAAUUAACUGUGAAAAAAUCGCAACCCUACGUUGACUCUAUGGCUGACAUCUUGAAAACUGAUAAAACUAUUCCAAUCGUUCCUAUAGAAAUUGGAAUACAAGAUGCUCUUGAAAAUUCUGGCAUAGAUUUAUAUGAAGAAGUCUGGAAAAAAGUGGAAAAGAAUAUGUGGCCUGGAAAAGACGUGUUCCUGGAUAAAACUAUAAUAGCAGUGCAAGAUGGGAAAUACUGUAUCAUACACGGAAAGCUCAUACUAAGAAAUAUACUAGGAGAAUUUUUUAAAAAACACUCCUUCUGCCAGUUACACAUUUCAGAGCAUUUCUUUUUUCCAUUUCCGUUACUUUUAGCCAUGAAUAGGGAAAUUCCAGAGUAUAUAUUUGAUCACUUCAAUUUGGGCCUCACUCGCCUUCUCGGUGCUGAUAUUGCUGGCAGGACUUUUAAAGCUGCUGCGGAAGUUUCCAAUUAUUGCACGAGUUAUAGUGACUCAGAACUGAAGCCGUUGGGCACCAAAAAUAUAUAUGGUGUUCUCUUGAUGUGGGCAGCCGGGCUCUCCGUUUCAAUAUUAGCGCUAUUAUGUGAAAUAAUGAAUAAAAGAUUUUAUGGCUGA